AUGCUUCUCUCGAAAUCAAUGAAAAUUUCAAUACUCGGUGCCAACAAUGAGACCGGUAGAUUUUUAUCACUGCUCCUGAAACGAUCCUGCCUGAUAGACGAGAUUUCGUUAUACGAUAGGGAGUCAACGCACUAUCUCGCAUCGGAGCUCAAUCAGAUUGACACGAGAUGCAAAGUCACGACGUAUCCGCACAACGAGGAAUGCCUGACUCAAACGCUGCAGGAUGCAAAAGUGGUAAUUCUCGUAGCUGGGAAAAAUCUUAAAUACGAAUUGACAUCGACGGAAUUACUCGAGUCAAACGCUGAGAUCUUGUCGGAUUUACUGCCGAAUGUCAUUAGAAGCUGUCCUCGGGCGAUGAUAGCGAUCGCGAUGCAACCGAUUAACAGUUUAAUACCCAUAGCGGUAGAAAUGUAUAAGAAAGCUGGAAUCUAUGAGUACAAACAUAUCUUUGGAGUGAAUACACUCGAUUGCAUGAGAGCAAAUAGUUUUGUCGCAAAAAUGGUGAAUAUAGCACCAGAAUGUGUAAUGGUGCCGGUUAUCGGAGGAUGCUGUCCAUAUACUUGUAUUCCUCUCUUCUCGCAAAUGAAACCACAUGUCUACUUAUCAGCGGUUAUUGAUUUUGAUAAAUAUUCAACGAAAAACUUUUACAAGAAAUCAAUACGACUUGAAAGGAUCUUAAAAAAAAAAGCUGACGAAGAAGUUUCAAAAGCCAAUAAUGGAGAAAACAUUUCGAUAUAUGCAUCAGCCUUUGCCAUAGCUAGAUUUUGCAUUUCCCUUUGCAAAGCAAUACAACAACAAAGUGGAGUAGUGGAAUGUGCUUACGUUCGUUCCUGCGUAAUACCGGAAGUGACAUACUUCGCUUCCCAACUCGAGUUAGGUCCAAACGGUAUUCAAAAGUACCUUGGUAUCCCACCUAUCAACGAUGACGAAUGUAAACUACUGCUCGACGCGAUACCUAUUUUAAUAAAAGCUAUUAAUCAAGGCGAGACAUUAGCUCUUGGAUCUAAAUCGUCAACGGAGAAGUGUCCCGUCUAUCCCGAUGUUUGUCAUCGUUCGCUCACACCAUCUUACAUUCGUCGAAUUUGA